AUGCGAACUUGUAUAGUAUUAUUAAUAUUGGGUAUUUUAUUGUACUCUUCUUCAAUCAUUAAUGCAUAUAAACAUCAUUUAGAAAUUAAAGAUGAUGAAAGAAAGAUGUUUUCAAUUGAAGGUUUUGGUUUUGGAGAAAAUGGUAAAUUAAAAAUUCAAAUAUCAGAUUGGGUUGUCGACAAAAAACCAAAUACAAAUAAUAGUUCAAUGGAUGAUGUAGGAUUUUUCCUUUUUAUAUCUGGACAAGAAUCAUCACCAGUCUUUGAAGGAGAUUCAAGUUCAAAAUGUGAAUUAAUUGAUAAAGACCCCAAUUUAGUUUUUAGAGCAUCAGAUUUCAAUUCAAAAGGUGUUAAAGAAAUUACAAUUCAAAGUGAUGUUGCUGGCGAAGUGACCUAUCCACCAGGAUAUUAUACAUUAUAUUAUAAAAACUGCAAAACUACAAAGUCAAAAACUUCCUUUAAGUUAGUAUUAGACGAACUUAAUUAUGUCGGAAGUCAAAUUUCAUAUUUACCAAUUGGUAACGAACCAUUACCAACUUUAUAUGGUGUAUUUUCAAUUGUUUUCUUUGGUUUAGCACUCUUUUGGGUUAUGGUUUUCCUUAAAGGUAGUGGUAAAAGAGUAAAUUUAAUUCAUCAUUUAUGCACAGCCUAUUUAAUUAUUCAAGGUGUAGAGUUAUUAUUUAGUUCGAUCGAACAACAUUAUAUUAAAUCUAUAGGUUCACCAAAUGGUUGGAAUGUUUUAUAUUAUAUUUUUGCAUUUACCCAAGCAUCAUUUUUCAUUAUUCUCCUUACAAUGAUCGGUUCAGGUUAUCACUUUAUCAAGCCUUUCUUUUCAGAUAGAGAUAAGCUCUUACUUUCAAUUGUUGUCCCACUUCAAAUUUUAGAUAAUAUAGCCCUCAUUAUUAUUGAUGAGGAGCAACAAGGUACAUCAGGUUGGACCAGUUGGAGAAGCAUUUUCAUCUUAUUCGACGCAUUUUGUUGUUUAAUUAUUUUAUUUGCAAUUUAUUUAUCACUAUCACAACUCGAAAAUACAGUUCAAGGAAAUCUAAGUCAUAAAGUCUUAAAAGAUGUACAAAAAUAUAGAUUAUUUAGAUAUUUUUAUAAUAUUGUCGUAACUUAUUUAUAUUUUACACGUAUUAUUAUGCUUUUAUUAAAAUCAAGCCUUCCAUUUACCAUUACAUGGGUUGGCGAAUUCAUAUUGCUUGUAGCAUCAUUUAUUUUUUAUUGUAUUAUUGGAUAUGUUUUAAAUUUUAGAUACUUAUUCAGACCAACAAUUGACAAUCCAUAUUUCCACAUUCCAACUGAAGAAGAAGCUGAAGAAAUUUUAGCUCAGCUUCAAGAUCAAAGUGCUUAA